UGCGGGGGCAGGCGACCACCGACUUCAAGCCUCAAAUUCCUGGGGAGGGCCGAGUAGCGAGAGGAGUCAGCGUGUACGAGCAGCUCGCGGAGCAGCGGCAACUAUGGGUAUGGGCUGUGGUCGUACGCGCGUACCGAGGGUUCGUGAUGGGGAGCAACGUAGAAGGGGGAAGGGAAGUGUAGCAAGCCCAGCGUGGAGGUGAGCGUGCAGCACGUGAACUGCACGGAGGAUUAGCCAUUUAGCAAGCCCUUCUCUAUUGCGCUGCCGCCGCGGCCUUCCUGGACGACUCCAACCCUAUCCGGAUGUUUCCCGAUCGCCUCAGCGACUUGGAAACUUCCGUAGUCAACGCCGUUGGGAACACUCGCAGAGCUCUUAAAUUCGCGUGUUUUGCUCACAGGCACGGGAAGAGCUAUGCGACGGAGGAGGGGAUUAGGCAGAGCCGCAGAGGUCUUCGAUCUUCAUGGAGAAUCGUCGUUUGAUUCGAUCCACCAACAGAAUGUGUUGAUUUUUCUUCAAUUUAGGGAUUUAAUCUUGAUGGGUAGUUGGGUUGAUGGGUCUGGUUUGGUUAGAGGGUUGGGUAGGUUUAGAUGAGCUGGCAGGUUUCAAUGACGUGGCGGGUCGGAUCAGACUAUUUUCGGGUUAAAUAGUGCUGAUUAGACGAUUAUGUCUGCCACGUCAUCACUUAACGGACUCAUUUAACACAGAUGGACGACAACUAACGAAGAGUGACCGAACGUGAACGGUUUUUGUAAAGUGAAGUAUCACCAAUGGAUUUAAAUAUUUCGAGUGACCAAACUUGAACAUUUUUUGUAAUCUUAGUGACCAACCAUG